CUCUAAUUGUAGGAAAUUCGAACAUAACCCCUAAAGAUUUCAUUCUCCAACACUAACUUGAUUUAACGAUGGAUUCAAAGACAGCAGUCUCCUAUGCAGCUAUUUUCUGUGUAAUCUUGAUCAGUUACACAGUUGCUGAACAACAGAACUCAAGUAGAAACUACUUGAGUUUCCUCAGCAGCUAUGCAAGCUACCAAGACAUCUGCCGAAAAAUAGGCUGGGAGCCCAAAUGUAGCCCACAUACAAUAAACGAAUGUAAAGGGAAAACCAUUGCCUUCCAUGCAAUUCUUCCUAGUGAUGUGAAAAACACGCCCAUUAACACUAUCAUCAAAUUUCAAAAGGUUCAAGUAAACGAAGGAGGUGGAUAUAACCCGGCCACCGGUAUAUUCACAGCGCCCGUAGAUGGCGUCUACUCGUUUUCAUGGACCUAUCAUACAAACAAAGGUUCUGUCGCCUAUCUUGGAGGAUAUGUAGAUGGGACGAUUAGAACGUAUAUAGGCACGUAUACACAGGCAAACACAUGGCAAAGCCAAACGGGCAACCUUGUCAUAAAACUAAAGAAAGGAAGUCAAUUCUGGGUACAGACAUACCUGCAAACAGUUCAGCAUUUAAGCGGAAAUUAUACCUUUCUGUCUGGAUACAAAAUAUCUGGUUGUUAAAAAGCAAUAAACUGGCUGCAAUAAUAAAUUUAGUGUUGAGACUCUGAUUUU